UAUCGGCCACCGUACACUCUUGGUCCCGUCUUCUCGCGAGGUUUUCCCCCUCGUAAAAAAAAGGCAGUCCCCUGGUCCUACGAUGCUAACAGCCUAUUAGCUGUAUGUAGUAGCUGUUUUCAGCUUGUUUAAAUGGAGGAGACAAACACCGACUGUUGUUAAGAAGGAAGUUGUUUUUCCAUGGAGAUCUGGAGCCGAACUCUUCAGACGCCCUCCAUGAAGAUGUAGUCAGGAAAGAAGAGAGGUCAUUAUCCCAGACAUCGUCAGUGACGCGUCGCCUCCUCCUCUCCUCCGCUCUCUCCACUCUGGAGGAUUCAAACCCUCACCCAGGGCUGCCCGGCGCGUCCUCGCUCAGUCCGUCCCCGGUCCUCGCCACUCUCAGCCAUGCUCUUCUCUCUGAGGGAACUCGUCCAGUGGCUGGGCUUCGCCACCUUUGAACUCUUCCUGCACCUGCUGGCGCUGCUGGUCUUCAGCAUGCUCGUGGCCCUGCGCGCCGACAUGCUGACGCCGACGCUGAGCUGGUGGCUCGUCUUUGUGCCGCUGUUCGCCGCCGACGGCCUCAGCACGUACUUCACGGCCAUCGUGUCCAUCCGGCUGUACCAGGAGAACGAGAAGCGUGUGGCGGUGCUGCGGCUGGUGUGGGUGCUGACGGUGCUCAGCCUGAAGUUGGUGUGCGAGGUGCUGCUGUGUCAGAAGCUGGCGGAGCAGGAGCAGGCCAGGGACCUGUGGUUCGGCCUCAUCGUGUCGCCGCUCUUCAUCCUGCUGCAGCUGCUCAUGAUACGAGCGUGUCGCGUCAACUGAGGCGCGCUCAGAGGACAGCCUGAGAUCUAAAGCAUUACGUCGUCAUUUUUUGUUUGUGUUGCACCUUAAAAGUGAACAUCAGUUCAUGUGUUUCAAUGUUAACAGGUUUGUGUUUCACGACUUUACGUUGCUCUCUUAAAGGUACAGUAGGCAGGAUUUAGUUUUUUUGCAUUAUUAUAAUAACACUUCUGCACCUGCUGCAAACUGAACUUUUCCACGCACGAUCUUUUUCCUUUUUGACAAUGAAGAGAUUGGUUCACUUCAUCUGGCACAAACCAAACAAUUGAUUGUGAUUCCAAAAUAUUAAUAUUUAACAAUCUGCAGAUGAAACUUAACAAUUUACUCUCUCAUUAGUGAUCCUGCGUACUGCAGCUUUUAGUUACACGGUGUUUUUCUCAUAAAGACGCAGAUAAUUUGUAUAAAUUGACGUUUAAUAUCCCUCAUUUCAUUACUCAUACAUCACACUCGGAUGAAAACGCUGCAUUUUCCCAAUUUCUCAACGUUGUCGAGCACGAAGCCAGUUUUCAUUUUGGGAAAAAAGAAGAAAUGCUUUUCUGCUUUUUCCUGCGCAGAAUCCUCAACCUCAGCCUCUGCCCAGCACCUUUGGGACGACGUGGGAAACUAAAUCCAGGCCAGAACUUUUCACCCAGCUCCAAUGAUGAUGCUCCUGUGGUUGAAACCCGAGCAGCCGAGCAGCCUUGUGUUUUUUUUCCCUGUGAGCAGGAAACGAGAAUAAUAAUAGAACAAUAACAGAAAGAGGAUGAUAAUGCAACACGAAACCAGAAAAGCCUGUCUCUGCUCUGAGCGUAGAAAGUUGUUUUAAAAAGAUGUUAUAAUAAAGGGAUAGUUCAGGAAGGACUUAACUUAGAGAUAUAUGCCAUCUCACAUCUAUGAUAGCUUAAGAAUGUGUUCACUGCUUUAUAUCAACUAGUUAGUCCACCUUUUCUUACAGGAAGUGUAUCGUCAGUUUAUUCCCGCGCACCAAACUCCAUAGAGAAAAUAGUCGUUUUUAGCUCACACAGACACAGGAGCUGCCGGUCGACUGCUGCCUCGUGUGGUCAGUUUGUGUCACUGAGGUGAAUCCGGAACAAUGAAUUUCAAUCACACACAUUCUAUAUUAUCAUAUUUACACUUGAUUAUUGAAGCAGUGGUGGAUCAACAGCUCCUGUGUGCUGUGAUGUUAAAUCACUAAUUUUCGUAUGGACUUUGGUGCAGGGGAGAGACGGCGGUUUAGAUUGCAACAAAAACUCAGUUUCCAGUCUGAAAAUGAGAUAAAUUAGUUAAUAUACUCUUUUAAGAUAUUAUGGACUUAAAAUGAUUGAGUUUCAAUGAGGUGUGGCUUUUAUUAAGUGGCUAAAAUCAGAUUAUUGUGGGAUUAGCGUCCAUGUUCUCACUGGUUCCUGAACUAUUCCCUUUUUUAAGAAUACAAAGAUGUCACAGUUUUCAGUGUGUGUUUGGACCAUGACCACAAUGGCGUUUAAGGUCAACGGUGAGACACGAGGGGACAUUUAUAGCGGCACUUGUACUGAAGCCAAUUCUAACGGGAGACGGAGCUGGAGGAAGCGCUGCAGCAUGUUUUUGUUUGUUUUCCCAGAAGUCGACUGCCAGGAAAAAAAGAGUUUUAUAAAUGAAUUAUCUUACGUGUCACUUUGUUGCCUGUCAGCUGACGUGUUUCUCGUGCAUCGUACUCCAAAAAAAAAAAAACUACCUAGUUUUCCAGCUCCAUGUCGCUGGUCCUGAGACUUCAGCUAAGAACUGAAUGUGAUUACCAACACGUCUUCCCGGAUUUCUUUGCUGUUUUUUUGUACUGUAUGUCAUGUUUCUGAUCCACCUCGUCUAUAUACAGUCUGUACUUUUGUAUUAUAGUAUGUUUGUGUGUGUGCCUCGUUUCAGGGUAAUAAUUAUUCUGUGUGAUUAUAUAUAUAUUUUGAUUUAUGGAGAAGAAAACUUUAAACGGCAUAUUAUUUAUGUUCUUCUUGUGGCACCGUUAGUGUUGUCUGUAUAUAUGUGUAAAUAAAUCAUCAACGUUUUA